CAUCUCCUCUCCUCUCUUUGUUGCCAUCCCUAGUCAUAGGGGCUGUAAUGCUACUUUCCGAUUUUACAAGAUGACAUAAAAUUUCUCCGAACUUUAGGGACGAAUGAAUAUUUAUCUCUGAAUUUAUAUGGGAUAAGAUUUGGAAGGACAAAACUGAGGCAGACAGACUCCAAUGGCCACCUCUGUUUUUCUCGGUAGCAUGAUUCAUAGUAAAGGAUGUUGGUCACCCAUACCCAGCCAACACAAUUUCACUCUCUCUGAAAGGUUUGCAAGUUCUAUCAGAAGAAAUCCAAAUAGAGACCACAAAAUCUCGCUUUUUCGCACGUGCUGUUCCAUGGGAAGUGCAGGUUUCCUGAGCGUUGAACCUUCACCAUCCAAUGCUGUUAUUUCAAGAAACUCUCAUAAUGUUUUAGAGGUUGUGACAGACAUCUCAGGAGGCUGCUUAAAUAGUAUUGAGAAGUUGGCUUUGGCAGAUUUAGACCCGUCUACAGCAAAGCUGGCUAUCGGUAUUAUAGGUCCUGUCCUCUCGGCAUUUUCAUUUCUAUUUAUAUUGCGAGUAAUUAUGUCCUGGUACCCAAAGCUUCCUUUGGGGAAGUUUCCAUAUGUAUUAGUUUAUGCCCCUACUGAACCCUUUCUUGUCCCUACCCGAAAGUUGAUUCCACCCCUUGCAGGGGUGGACAUUACUCCUGUUGUUUGGGUUGGAUUGGUUAAUUUUCUUAGUGAAAUAUUGGUUGGACGACAAGGGCUUCUUGUUCUUGCCUCUCAACAAAUUAACUAAUAGCUAAUAUUUUUGUUGUGGUGUUCAUUUUUCGGAGGAGAGAUUGAAUUAUUUUUAUUUCAUUUCA